GCUUGAUUCCACCUGUUCGUCACUGCGUCCUGCGUGCAUUCCCCGUACUGCUCAAAUUCAACUAUGGCUUCUCAGUCGUCUGAGCAACUGGUACAUGACAGGAUUAAUCUGAACAGGCUUGUUCGAAGGCUGGAGAAAGCGAUCGCUGAUGAGGACUGGAAUGAGGAUAGUCAGUUGCCACCGCGGGCGACGUGGAUCAAGACCAGGACAACACUGCAGAAACUAAAGCACGCACGGAAACUGCUCCAUAAUGUCGAGAUUCAUGAGCAUGAUCCAUUUGCGGCUCAGAGGUAUGAAGACCUCCGACAUACUCUAGAUCGCCUGGAGACAGUGGUACUUGAGGUGGACAAGCGCGCAGCACCACAACCCAAACGCCCCGCGCCAAUCUUACCGACGCUCCCCAUUCCCUUCCCGCCGAAGUCUGCUCAACCAGACCCUUUGCGUCCACAACGAUCUGAAGAAGCUACAGAAGCAGAGCUCGCUUCUCCCGCGGAGACGACCCACAUAGCCGCCCAGGAUCUGCUGCUGUCGGCCACUGACACUGAGCCCGCCCUUCGCAUCGCGCCCAUCAACCCGGGCGCGACCCUCCUACCUCCGAACCGCCCAUCCUCUCCGGGCACGUCUAAGCUCGCCGGCACGCCCGCAUUCCUGCAGAAUUCGGCCGCGCUCCAGGAGGAGCUCUCGGCACAGCUCGCGCAGAUGGCGACGCAGCUGAAGCGCAACGCGGUGCAUUUCGCCGGCACGCUCGAGAAAGACAAGGCGCUGCUGAUCGAGACGCAAGACAAGCUCGAGCGCAACCACGACGUGAUGAAGGCGGAGCGCCUGCGGGUGCGGGACCAUCGCUCCAAGAGUUGGGGGACGACAUGGAUCGUCAUGCUGAGUAUCAUUGUCGCUGCGGUCGGCUUUGUUUUGACGUUCAUGGUGAUCCGUAUAACAUAGCUGGCAUGUAUGCGGUUCUUGUGCGCCAACUUGUCCGCGAUGACGUUUAUUCUGCAGGCACAUCUGUGCAAGUUCUAGUCCGGGGCGUAUGGAUUGUAAUACAGGUCUGUACAAUGCAUAAGACGGAG